AGCCGCCGGGGCUCAGCGGCGGCCCUGAGAUGGCGGCCGCGGGGCAGCGGCAGCAGCAACGGCGGCGGCUCGGGGCGCCGGGGGGGCUGCGUCGCUCCUAAUCGGCGUCGGGCCCCCGUGCCAUGGGGACGAGCCGCGGCGGGCGGCUGGCCUGAGGCGGCGACAGCGGAGGGAGCGGUGACAGCCCAGCGGGGGGCCCCGCCGCGGGGGCCGCGACCCGCGCCGCCGGGGAUGUGGCGGUGGGUCCGGCAGCAGCUGGGUUUUGACCCACCGCAUCAAAGCGAUACACGAACUAUUUAUAUAGCAAAUCGUUUUCCUCAGCAUGGCCAUUAUGUUCCUCAGAAAUUUGCAGACAACAGAAUCAUAUCAUCCAAGUAUACAGUGUGGAAUUUUGUUCCAAAAAACUUAUUUGAGCAGUUCAGAAGAGUAGCCAACUUUUAUUUUCUGAUCAUAUUUUUGGUUCAGCUCAUGAUAGAUACCCCUACCAGUCCUAUUACCAGUGGAUUGCCAUUAUUCUUUGUCAUAACUGUGACAGCCAUAAAACAGGGUUAUGAAGACUGGCUACGGCAUAAAGCAGACAAUGAAGUAAACGGUGCUCCAGUUUAUGUUGUUCGAAGUGGUGGACUUGUAAAAACUAGAUCUAAAAACAUUCGGGUUGGGGACAUUGUGAGAGUAGCCAAAGAUGAGACUUUUCCUGUUGAUCUGGUGCUUCUAUCUUCUGAUCGAGUGGACGGUUCGUGCCAUGUUACUACAGCAAGUUUGGAUGGCGAGACAAAUCUUAAGACACAUGUUGCAGUCCCAGAAACAGCAGUGUUACAGUCUGUUGCCAACCUGGACAAACUUGUAGCUGUUAUAGAAUGUCAGCAGCCAGAAGCAGAUCUAUACAGAUUUGUUGGAAGAAUAACUAUAAGUCAACAAAUUGAGGAAAUAGUACGACCUCUUGGGCCUGAAAGUCUCUUACUUCGUGGAGCAAGAUUAAAAAACACUAAAGAAAUAUUUGGUGUUGCAGUGUAUACAGGUAUGGAGACAAAGAUGGCAUUAAAUUACAAGAGUAAAUCUCAGAAACGGUCAGCAGUAGAAAAGUCUAUGAAUUCCUUUUUGAUUAUUUAUCUAAUAAUCCUCCUCUUUGAAGCCAUUCUGAGUACUAUUUUAAAGUAUGCAUGGCAGGCUGAAGAAAAGUGGGAUGAGCCUUGGUAUAAUGGAAAAACAGAGCAUGAAAGGAACAGCAGUAAGAUUCUGAGAUUUAUUUCAGAUUUCCUUGCUUUUCUGGUACUUUACAAUUUUAUUAUACCUAUUUCACUUUAUGUGACUGUUGAGAUGCAGAAAUUUCUUGGGUCUUUUUUUAUUGGCUGGGAUCUUGACCUCUAUCAUGAAGAAACAAACCAGAGAGCGCAAGUAAAUACUUCAGACCUCAACGAGGAAUUGGGACAGGUAGAGUAUGUGUUUACAGACAAAACCGGUACAUUAACUGAAAAUGAGAUGCAGUUUCGGGAGUGCUCCAUUAAUGGCAUAAAGUACCAGGAGGUCAAUGGUAAACUAACUCCAGAGGGGUUUUCUGAAGAUUCUCCAGAUGGAAAUAUGCAUAGUUUGAUGAAAGAGGAAGAACUCUUCUUGAAAGCAGUUUGUCUUUGUCAUACAGUACAGAUCAAUGCAGAUCAAACAGAUGGUGCUGAUGGUCCCUGGCAUGCCAAUGGAAUAGCAUCCCCUUUGGAGUAUUAUGCUUCUUCACCAGAUGAGAAAGCUUUAGUUGAAGCAGCAAGCCGGGUUGGAGUAGUAUUUACUGGAACUAGUGGGGACAGCAUGGAAGUAAAAAGUCUUGGAAAACCAGAAAGGUAUAGGUUGCUUCAUGUCUUGGAGUUCGAUCCAAAUCGCAGACGAAUGAGUGUCAUUGUAGAGAGUCCCUCAGGAGAAAAGCUUUUAUUCACAAAGGGAGCAGAAUCUUCUAUUCUUCCUCGUAGUAAGAGUGGAGAAAUAGACAAAACAAGGGUACACGUGGAUGAAUUUGCUUUGAAAGGACUAAGAACUCUGUGUGUAGCCUAUAGAAAAUUCACACCGGAAGAAUACCAGGAAAUUGGAAAACGCCUUCAUGAGGCCAGGACUGCUUUACAACAACGGGAAGAAAGAUUAGCAGAUGUAUUCAACUUCAUAGAAAGGGAUCUGGAAUUACUUGGAGCUACAGGAGUAGAAGACAAACUGCAGGAGAAAGUCCAAGAAACUAUAGAAGCACUCAGAUUGGCUGGUAUCAAAGUGUGGGUUCUCACUGGAGAUAAGCACGAAACGGCUGUUAGUGUCAGUUUAUCAUGUGGACACUUUCAUAGAACCAUGAACAUCCUUGAACUUGUGCAGCACAAAUCAGACAGUACAUGCGCAGAGCAACUGAGGCAGCUAGCCAGGAGAAUAAAGGAAGACCAUGUUAUCCAGCAUGGCCUGGUUGUGGAUGGGACCAGCCUCUCUCUUGCACUCAGGGAACAUGAAAAACUGUUCAUGGAAGUUUGUAAAAACUGUUCUGCAGUGUUGUGCUGUCGCAUGGCACCCCUUCAGAAAGCAAAGGUAGUGCGACUGUUAAAAACAUCUCCAGAAAAACCUAUAACAUUAGCGAUUGGUGAUGGUGCUAAUGAUGUGAGCAUGAUACAAGAAGCACAUGUUGGCAUAGGAAUCAUGGGCAAGGAAGGAAGACAAGCUGUAAGAAAUAGUGACUAUGCAAUAGCACGGUUUAAAUUCCUCUCCAAGUUGCUUUUUGUUCACGGACACUUUUACUAUAUUAGAAUAGCAACCCUUGUACAGUACUUUUUUUAUAAGAAUGUGUGCUUUAUUACACCACAAUUUUUAUAUCAGUUCUUCUGUUUGUUUUCACAACAAACACUCUAUGACAGUGUGUACCUGACCUUGUACAAUAUUUGUUUCACUUCCUUGCCUGUCCUCAUCUACAGUCUUUUUGAACAGCAUGUGCAUCCGCAUGUAUUACAGAGUAAACCUGUGCUCUAUCGAGACAUCAGUAAAAAUGCUCAUCUAGGGUAUAAACCAUUUCUUUACUGGACGAUCUUGGGCUUCUUUCAUGCAUUAAUUUUCUUUUAUGGCUCGUAUCUUCUAAUGGGAGAAGACACUUCACUGCUGGGAAAUGGCCAGAUGUUUGGAAACUGGACAUUUGGUACUUUGGUCUUCACCGUUAUGGUUAUAACUGUUACGAUGAAGAUGGCACUAGAAACUCACUUCUGGACAUGGAUAAACCAUUUUGUUACUUGGGGAUCCAUUGUAUUUUAUUUCAUAUUCUCCUUAUUUUAUGGGGGAAUUAUCUGGCCAUUUUUACAUACCCAGGAUAUGUACUUUGUAUUUGUUCAACUGUUGUCAAGUGGUUCUGCUUGGUUUGCCAUAAUCCUCAUAGUAGUUGCUUGUUUGUUUCUUGAUGUUGUGAAGAAAGUUCUGUACCGACAUCUACAACCAACGAGUACUGAAAAAGCUCAGCUUACUGAGACAAGUUCAGGUAUCAACUGCUUGGACUCCAUGUGCUGCUUCUCAGAUGGGGAAACAGCAUGCACAUCUGUUAGAAGAAUGCUGGAACGACUAAUGGGAAGAUGUAGUCCAACCCGGGUCAACAGGUGUGGAAUUUCUCUCAAUAGCCUUUGCUGCAGACGAUUCUCCUAUAAACUGGAACCUGAUGAGCCUGCAGCUAUAGCUGUCUAGCAAACCAGCUGCAGGUUUUGUUUAUUUAAGUAGGAAAUGCAACACUUUAUUGUACUUUAUUCAUCCUCCAAGCUAAGUUUCUUGCUUCUUUUUGAGUGCUUUCUUUUGGGAUGGGGAGGGGGAAAAAUGGUUUUCAAAAAAUUUCUGUUAAAAUGUUUAGUUUGGCUUAGUACAAGUUCUUGCAUUGUAUCUAUCAUAAUUUCUCUUGAUUUUUUUUUUGUACAUUCUUCUCUUUAGAUAAUCAAGCCUCGCUGCUGCUUUUAUUCUCCUGUUUUAUGAUUUUUUGCCUUCACGAAUCAGGAGUUGUUUGUAAAGUCGAAAGACUUUUCCCCUUGGUUCUUGAUGUACAACCUCCAAAUAUUUACCUUGGAGCUUGAAUUACUCCUGAAGAUAUAGAAAAGGCUCACACCCCCUCCUUGAAUAUAACUUUAUUGUUAUAAGGAAAGUCUUUAAUCUUGCAGCCAUUGAUUGAUAUGGAGAUGAAAUAUUUUUGUAGUAUAACUUUUAUAAUCUAUUUCUAAAAUCAGUGUAAUUGACAGAACAGAGCCAUCAGGUUCUAAGAAUUUUAAACGUUUUUUCAGUUCUAGAAGGUAUAUUGUCAAAAUCAUGUGUGCCAUUCCAAAGUAUGUGCUAAAUAAAUCUUUUCAUUCACAAACCACAUGUGAAACAAACCUCAGUGGGAUAAAAGCAUGUUAGAGUAAUCAGAUACUUCUGAGGAACGACACCAUUCUUGCAGUGAGCUAAACUGUGGGGGGAAAAAGCUCUUACUAAAUCUGCUCAUGUGCCAUCUCCCCAUUUCCAAAUAGAGAGGGCUGUCUAACAAACAUGGAAAUAUUUGGGGGUAGAAAUAAAAAUGGUCUUUUGUACAUCGUAAUCUCAAUCCCUGAAUGAUAUCAUGGUCCUUCAUUGGUCAAAAGGCAAACCUGAAAAAGUUGCAUUUCACGCGUUUUCAAGGAAACUCAUUUUGUAUUUGACACUGUCCCUUUUCGUUAAAGGUCAUGAUAUCAUUCGUUCAGUAUGAAAUCUUGUGUGGGUAAUUUUCACUGACAAGCUUUGUCAGUUCUGAUUUUGCCUUUAGGUAUUGACAUGAUAUGUAGUACAUCCCUGUUUUGAACUCUUGUGUUGAACGCCGUGUCUGUGGUUUCAGUUGGUUUCUCUCAUUUGGCUUGCUUAUGAAAUUUACUCAGCAUUUCUACAGAUCUAGGGUAUGAUUAUGCAAAAUGUUUCAUUCCAUAUGAAAAAUGAACUGUUACGAUGAAUAAGUACAUUUUUAAUUAAAUUCUUGCUGUAUAGAAGGCGGGCAUGAUGUGUAAAAUAAACAAUUUAAUAGAAUUCUUAAUCUACAAGAUGAGCAUUUAAUUGGUCAAAAAUCAACAUUUUGGUGGUAUUUGCUCUAAGGUCUUGUGGCUUUUUUGUUAUUUUGUCUGGGGUUUUUUUGGUGUUUUUUCACCACUUUUCUGUAAAACUGUGCUUUCCAAAUGAAACACUUCUCGUGCUAUUUAUUUCAUUUAUUGUUAUCUAAUUAGAGCAGAUUUUUUGGUUAACAUUUCCUUUAGUAAUGUGUAGUUUUACAAGGUAGGUAUUCUAUGUUUCUGCAAUGUAUUUACACUUUUAUGAUUUCCUUUUUUCACGCAGUUUGAUUUUCUUUAACUUAAAAAUAUUUAUUGAAGAUGAAUCAUAUUUGACAGAAUAUUAAGCAUUUUUUGAAGAUUGCUUUUUCUCAGGUUUCGUGUCUGUUUACCUCGUGAUUUUCAAAUGAAGUUACACCUAGGUAAAUAACUUCAGAAUUGUUAGAACAUUGAAGUUAGUAUUAUGUUUAAUGAUUAUGCAAAACUAUAGUGGUGCUGCACUAGGGCUUGAAGCUCUGUAGCUUUUGCGUUUGCCUCUGGUUGAAAUUUGAACCACUUUUUCAUUUCACUUAACUUUCUGUACAGUAGAACUGCAAAGAAAACUUGUCGUUUCAGUCUUUUCUCCAGUGACUUCAGUUGCAUCCACACAGCAACGUCACUUAAAACCUAGUCUAAAAGUCAAGACUGUUUACAUUCUUCCCUUACGCUUGCCUUAUAAUAUGUGAAAGUCUGUUUAUUUCUUAAUGUACUAAUUGGUUUGAUCACAUACGGCAGCUAUAAGUUGAGAAAUCGUGAAGGUACAAUUAAAAAAGCUAUUUGGUGAUUUAAAAAUGCUUGUAAAUUUUCUUGAGCUGCUUUCAUUGUACUUAAUAGCUGAUGUCUUAGAUCACACAGUCACAAACAAGACAGUCUCUUGCAUACUUACGCUGUAUAUAGCAGCUUCAUAUUCAACCAGGAGACAGCAGCAAAUUGUAAGCAUGCUGUGGAAUGAUGAGCAGUAUUUUAAAUAAUAUUGAUGUAGAUAGGUUGUGUUGUAUUUUGUGCUCCUGAUACUCUGUCAAAUAUGAUAACUGAACAUGAAAUCAAAUAUGGUAUCAAAUUUUGAUAGAAACGUUGAUGAAUCAAAGCUGUGCAAAUGCUUGGAGUAGAGGGCUACAGGAAUUCAGUACUUACUGCUUGUAAAACGUAUUCAAGAAGUAUUUUCUAUAGUUCCAUUCACCAGUUAGAAUAUAAAAUGUGUGGUGUAGUAUGAUGAAAUGCAUUUUUGUCUGUCUGUUCCAUUAAAUUGUCUGUCAGUUUGUCAGUCACUAAAAUUGGAUCACAUACAUUCUUGUACAGUAGGGCUCAUUAAUGUGUUGUUGGCUGUGCCAUUAGUAGUACUCGUAUCAAGGCACUGCAUGUAACAGUUCUAAAGAAACAGCAGAUUUCUGACAGAGGCAAAUUUGGAGGAUAAGUUUGUUAUACUUGGAUUUCUUGCAUUCCAACCCUUUAUUUUUUAGCUUUUCACAUACAGUCCUAUAAUGUUGUUCAACCAGUAACAGUGGCCCCUCUGCAGUGUUUCUUUUCCAAAAGCAGUAAUCUGUCCUUAAGAGAGAGACAUUGCAAGAUCACUUCUGAAUCAAGACUCAUGACAUGUUAGAUAAUUUUCCCGAUGUCUUAAAAUUUAACUUAAAUUUAACAGUAAGGGUUGAAAUAAACUCAUGGCUGCAGAUAAGGUUUUGCCCACCUGUAACUUGAGACAGCACGGGCAUUUAAUGUUAGAACAGCAAUCUACUGGCAUGCUGUGGUUAGCUGUGCUUACCACAAGGCUUUACUAGAAUGACCUUAGGCAAUCAAACCGUAGCGUUCACAGUGCCUGAAUUUACGUGUGCAACAUUUGAGGUUUUUGUUUUUCUUUUUUUUCUUGAGGCACAGUACUAAAACUAGUUGGAAAGCUGGCCUAUAAACCUCUGGUCAUUUCAGUUUAAAGCAGUGAAAAUAUCUGUAGCUGAGAGAAACUUUACCUUUCUGGCAAGCAUGGAAUUUUUAAUUACAUAGUUGGCUAUAUUAACUAUAGUGUACUUUCAAAGGUUUAAAUGAAUUGAAGUUUUUUUUACAUAAAACUUAAUAGAUUAGUCUCUUAAAGAGCUACAUUUGCCUAAUCUCCUAACAUUUUUAUCUUUGCUUUCAUAGACUUUGCUCCUUGCCUCUAGAUUAUAAAUUCCCAGUCAGCCAAACUUUUCUUUUAUUGUUACUUUAGAUCAUGGAGUUCAUCGGAUCCCUUCUAUGCCAACGACAGAAGCAUCUUGACUCUCUCCACAAUGGACUCACCCACUUGUUAACAGGGACAUUUGUAAAUGCCUUGUGGAAGCCAUGUGGUGCUCACAUACCUAUAGUAGGUUCUGAAGUGAGUUCAAUGCUGCAUCCCUGCCCUAGACAGGACUAUAGCAUGACUUAAAGACAAACUGUGGCUUGUCUUGUGGCCUAGCAUAACAGUCAUCUGGACUGUAAUUGCUUCCAGUAGUUUUUCUAAUCAUAUCCAAAAGUUGCUAAAUAAUUUUUGUAAGGAAUACAUUUACCUCUGACCGUUUAAUCUUUUUUUGUUACCAUAUUAGCAGAUUGGAAUCUUGUAUUUGAUAUUUGAGACAUUGAUAUAGCACAGCGUCAAAAUCUUUCUUCUCCCAAAUCCAAAUGGUUCAAUAGAACUGAAUUUGCAAAAUGAAAUUUUAUUAAAGUUUCAUUUUUCAUGAUGACCCCUCACUUUACACACACACACUCACGCACUCAUUUUGAACCUGUUUCUUACAGAUGCUGUCUUAACGGUUUGCAAAUCAAUCUUGUUAUUUCCAUGGGUGGUUACUAUAGUGUAUAAACACUCAGUACUUUUGAGAGUGAAAUACAAUUCAAGUAUUUAUGCUGGUGUAUGAAUGGCAAUAUAUUAGUCAUCACUGAAGAGCAGUUAGAUUACAAAUCAGUAAUUUGGAAUUGUAAGGGGUGUAACAGUUCACUUUUCUUGAAGUACAAUUCAGAAGCCAGUCAUCUUUUCUAAUGCUCUGUGUUUUGUUAUAACAAUUCAGGAACUUGACAUGGAAAAUUGGGAAAGAAAUUGUGGAUUGUGCAGGUGUCUCACUAGCAUAAAUUUUUUGAAUGAGUAAUCCUUUUAACGUUGGGGAAUCUUUGCAUGUUUUCUUUUUCAUGUAUUUAUAUUUGGUCAUGUUGUACUUCAAAGAUGCAAUUAAUGCUUAAUUAUCUUCAUAUAUCUAAAGGAUCUGAGACAUUGGUGGCAAUGUUUUGGUACCUAAGUAUGCCAAUAAAAACAGAUUGCACAGAUGCAACUUUGAA